AUGUUAGAAGAUUUGAUUCGUCAUGGAUUCAGUCCAUUGUUAGCAGUGCUUACAUCAGAUGGUGUGGAACGUUUUACGGCUAAGAGUAAUCUUAGCUUUACUGAUUUACUUCUACCAUUUGCUUCAAUUAAUUGUACAGUAAAGUAUGGUCAACAUGCCGAACCAAUCGGACCAUCAUAUUGCGUUUCGCCAAAAUGGUUUUUGUCGAACUGUUUCAAAUAUUAUUUGCUGUUGGACGACAUUUCUUCAGGAAGUAAUUCGUCAAGAACAUCCUCAAUAUUUUCACGAAUCAGUGCAGAAUAUGGUGCUCAUAAUUGUUACUUACUUAAGUUUAAUUCAAUAUAUGAUGAUGAGUUAACGGAUCCAUGGCGUUCACAUUUAGAAUCAAAAUAUCGUGGUUUAGAAAAAGGAUUAUCGCUUGCUAAACAAAAAGUUCUAUCUAAAACGAUGGGAUUGACAGAUGAUUUAAUCUCAGCAACGAAUCAGUCUUCUUUGUCAGGACAGUUAUUUUCGGCAUCACAGAAUAAUGAUAGUCUUGUUGUUAACUCUAGCUCAGUGUCAGCGUCAAUUCACGGCCAGUGUAUCAGCUAUGAUGAUCGUGAAAAUAUUACCCGAAUGAUGGAAAGUAUGAUCUAUGAAUCGCUACUACCUUGGGUUGAACAGCAGAUGCGUAUUUUGAAUGAACAAGUUAUUGCACGUCGAGGAAUAAGCAAAUCAUUGACUACAGGAGUACGAAAGUGGUUUGGAGCAGCAGCUGCUCAACAGACAACAUCAAUAACUUAUGCCUGGGAUAGUGGUGAGAUGCAAAUUAGACGAUUAGCUGAUAUGUGUUUCAUUUUUGGACUCUAUUCAUAUGCACAUCAACUUUACCAAAAUGUUAGAAAAGAGUUUGCUGUAGAUCAAGCUUGGUAUUACAAUGCUGGAGCACUUGAAAUGGCGGCGCUAAGUUAUUUUUUGAGUACACCCAAGAUUACUGCCAAACAAUAUCCACAGCAUUAUAUGGAUGACGCAAUUAACUUUUAUACUACAGUUAGCCUAAAACCUAUUUUGGCUAUGCGAGCAACUCUUUUAAGUGCUACUAUGCUUUCCUCCCUAGAACUAUACAUUGAAGCAUGUACUCAACUUAUCAGUCUAACUAGUUCUGAUGAUGAUUUAUUCAGUGGUAUUUUACUGGAAAAAGCAAGUGUCUAUUUUGGGAAGGCUAACAUGCGUCGUAAAAUGGCAUUUCAUUACGUUUUGGCCGGACAUAGGAUGUCAAAAGCUGGUCAGAAACAAUUGGCAAUGGAAUGCUAUAAAAAAGCUCUUCCAGAAUAUCUUUCUAAGCGUUGGAUCUUUGCCGAAGACCAUAUACUUCAUACAUUAGCCGUGAGAAGUGAAGGAAAAGAAGAAGCUCUGUCAUGGUGUUCACUUUUAAUUAGGCCACAAUCGGUACAGUGCGGGAAUCAACUUCGACUUUUUCUCAAGCACUAUUUGUGGCUUCUAAGACAGAAUCAAACUGAUAAAAAUCCGGUACAAAUGCCAAUACCAUUAGUUGAUGUUCAGAACAUCAUCGUCAUUUAUGGAGAACAUCCAGUCGAAGUGAUCCGAGAUUUAAUCACAGAUGUGGAAGCUUUGGAUAACACUGAUGACAGAUGGAUAAAUCUAGCAAAAGCAGCGUACUGCGCACUGACAGGUUCUUUUGCAGGAUUCCGAGAAACGGUAACUGUUAGAACAGCUUAUACGGAUAAUUCCAAGGUAUCUUCAGCUCCACCUUUAGAAAGAAUACGUGUCGUAUUAUCUUUGAAAAAUUCUAUGGAUUUUUGUUUACUUUUGAAAGACAUUCAUUUAGAAGUAUCUGCUGAUCAAGCGUUGCUUAAGGAAAAUUUUAUCGAUGAAAUUUCGUUGACGCCUAAAUGUGAUUGGAUUCCUUUUGAGUUUUCGGUUAUCCCGAAAGCAUUUAGUGGUGAAAUGGUGAUACGUAGUUUGCUGUUUAAUCUUGUUGUCGAUGAUAUAACUGUUGCUUGUUCAUUACCACUUAACAUUCGUGGACCUCGACUGAAUAAUACCAAGAAAGAGAUGACAUCAGUUUUGUAUGGUGACGAUCAUCGUUUAUGUGCAAAAGUGACAAAAGAACGAUGGCCACUCCUUGAAAUUGAUUUGCCACCAAAACGAGAAAUAACAGCAUUUUGUGGUCAAAUUUGCCGAUUUGAUUUUAGUGUGACCAAUGUCAGUAUCAUAACUACGCGAGCGAUUUGCAUAGUCACAGACCACCCGAAGCUUUUAUGUGUUCAUGAAGAAAAAGAUCCAGGAAGCGCUGUUUUCUGUCCAGUGAAAUGUACUUUAGCUGCUGAUGUUUCUCUUGGUGUUUUCAAAUUAAAACACGGUGAUCUUGUUACAGGGCAGAGUAAAAGAUUACGCUUAGAAAUUCGAGCUCCUUCUGUUGAAUGCACUCAACAAAAAAUAAGCAUAAUGUGUUAUUAUCUGGGGGAUAAUAACUUGAGCAGAGAACAAAGACAUAUAAUUGUUAUUGAUGCACGUUUGAUCCUACAAACUUCAUUAAGACUUCUAGAUUUCGCCACUGGUGCAUGUUUAUUGCAGUUGCGCAAUCUCGUACAGAAUCGUAGUUCUUUGCUUGCCAGAAUCAAACUGCUAAGGAUACGACCAUUCAUUAAUGAUAAAAAAAAUUAUUUCCCGGAAAGGGAUCAGUACCCUUAUGUAUUUCUUCAUCCUCUUCAAAGUCGUCAAGUCGAAAUUGAAAGUGAGCAGUUGGAUAGCAUAUCAUUUUUGGUCAGCGGAAAUGCAGGAGCAUCACAGUUGUGGUUUUGUGAUGAAAUUGAUGAUCUUCCGGAAUGGUCAGCUCCUGAUAAUUUAACUGAUAUAUCUUGCUUAGUGUCGCCAUCAUCAAGAGCAGAUAUAGAAAAAAAGGAUUUUGCUGUUCCAGAACUUUAUUUAAGUUUCGGGAUUUUUUGGAGAGCUAGUAUUGUUAACAGCGAUAGCACUGCUUCUACAGUAUUGGGGGAAAACUUCGUGCUGAAUCCGUUUCCGGCUGGUUGUUCAAUUCCAUCCUGUGUUCAUAUUUUCCAAUCUUAUUCUCUGCAACAUUUAAAUGAAAAUGAUGGAACAAAAUGUCAGUUAUCAUUGCCAUCAACUGCAAUAAUUAAUCAGGAUCUGUUUGCUUUUAUUUGUAAAAUCUCGACACCUUCGUUCAUUAUUCAUCAUAAUUUCAGUGAAAAAAGAUCAUGCCAUAUUCCGAUACAGAUAUCAGUUACGAAUAAUGAUAUUUGCCGCCGCAGUUGUACAAUUACAAUUCAUUUCCUAGAUUUUUAUCUUGGAAAACAAACUACAGACUCAGAAACAAACAGUGCAAUCAUUUCUGAGUCUCUGCACAAAUGUGUAGUUCCACCAUCAGAUUCCAGUAAUCAUUCUCCAACAAGUUUACAAGCAGCAAUUGUUGCUAAUCGUUUAUGUAUGCAUGCGAGAGUUGGUUUCGGCUGUACACAAAUGUUUGAUGUCCGACUUACUGUUUACUGUCCAUCAAUUUAUGACAUCGGUUGUUUCCGGAUCGUUGGCUUGUUCGAUGGUGACAGGACUGAAGUCCCUAUACAUGUGCCUUCAACCUACAUUACUGUGAUCGAUCAACGGGUUUAG